AUGGCUGCUCAAGCUGUUCAGCCUUCCAAGUCCGCGAAGAAGAAGGCCGCCAAGGCCCUCGAGCGAACCGAAUCACCUGCGCCCAGCGUUGCCUCUGCCACUGCCGAUAAGAACAGCGAUGACAGCUUCGAGAGCCCAUACAUCAAGGAGAUCCAAAAGAACAUCCGAAAUGUCAACAAAAAGAUCACCAACGCUUCCAAGACCGACUCCCUCCUGAGCCAGAACCCUGGCAAGUCCCUUGAUGAAUUGGUUGAGUCUCGAAUCAUCAACAACGACCAGAAGGCCCAGAUUCUCAAGAAGCCCGCUCUGCAGGCCCAGCUAGCGCAAUACGAGGAACAGCUUGUGCAAUACCAAAAGGUUGACGAGCAGUACCGUACACGUGCCGCCAGUGACAAGGCAGAGUGGGAGAAGAACUUGGAGAAGGCCAAGGCCGAUGCUGUUGCAGAGGCCAAGGCUGAGUCUACCAAGUCUCUCCAUGACAACCUCCUCGUCCUCUCACAAUUUUUGCGACUUGCUGCCUACCGCCGCGAGGAAGCUCAAGACCCCGACUCCGAUGAGAGUCAAGCUAUCGAGGGUGUGCUUCUUGCCAUAUACUCUGGUGAUGAGAAUGCUGUGCAGUCUAUGCUCAAGCUUGUCAACGGCUCUGAGGAUCAAAUUUACAGCGUGCCUGGCGAGCAGCUACAGACCUCUUUCUCCAAGGUCAAGGCCCUUGCUCAAGAGUACAAGACUCACUUUGACGAGCCUCAGCCUGCCGAGGGCGAGGCCGAGCAUGUUAAGGAUGUUGCUACCGAUCCUACUAUCGCGCACGCUGCCGCUACUGAGAUUGAGGCUGGCGACACCGCCGCUCCCGUUGUCGCUGAGCCUUCUUCAACCUCCAACGGCUUGGCCAACGCCAGUGUUGCUGAUGAUGCUGCUAAUGCCGUCGCCGAAAGCCAUUGGGACACGAGUAACGAUCUGUCCACUUCACAGGAGUGGGUCGAUGUGAAGCCUGCCGAGGCUGUUGAGGCCGAUGCUACUGCUCCUACUCGCGUCGCCAACACCCACUCCUGGGCUGAUGACCACCCUGAAACCACCGCCCCUGCUGAUCCCAACGAUGGAUUCCACCAGGUGCAGCGAAAGGGCCCCCGUAACGAAGGUGGCAACCACCGAGGUCGCGGACGAGGCGAGCACCGUGGCCGAGGUGGGUUCCGCGGUGAUGGUCGUGGCCGUGGUCGCGGUCGCGGUGGUGCUGGUCGAGGCGGACGACGUGGCGAUGAGGCUUAA